UUGCCGCCGUCGUCACAUGGCCACCACGGCAAGUUGCACAUAACCGCCCGCAGUGACGCCUGGCCGUCGAAAUAGAGUGCUAGUCGGUAAUGCGCUCCUAUAUCCAAAUCUUUAUUACGUCACGUGGUCCAUGUCACGCGGAUAUAACAUCAUGGAGAUUUCGAGAAUGAUUUACUUGAUUCAUACGAUCUAACGACAACUGGAUUUGGCGUUCAAAUUAAAAAAAAAAAAAUGUUUUGGAUCUCAAUUAUUUUAUUAUUUGUCUUAAACGGCUGUAAUGGAUAUCAACCCAAGUUCACUGAACCCAUAGGCAACAUUACUGUACCGGUUGGCCGAGAAGCUUUGUUUACGUGUUACGUGCAUGGCUUAGGUGGUUAUAGGGUUGGUUGGGUGAAAGCCGAUACAAAAGCCAUUCAAGCUAUACAUGACCAUGUCAUUACGCAUAAUGCUAGAGUUUCUGUUUCUCAUACCGAUGAUUCAACAUGGAAUUUACACAUAAAAAACGUACAAGAAGAAGACCGUGGUCAAUAUAUGUGUCAAAUUAAUACUGAUCCAAUGAUAAGUCAGAUGGGAUACUUGGAUGUAGUGAUACCACCCGAUAUUAUUUACGAAGACACUUCGGGAGAUGUGAUGGUACCUGAAGGAGGAACUGUGAAGUUAACAUGCAGAGCCAAAGGCUACCCAAAACCACACGUUUUGUGGAGAAGAGAAGACGGACGAGAAAUAGUUAUUAAAGACGCCAGUAGCACUAAAACUAAAGUUACCACGUACCAGGGUGAAAUGUUGCGGUUGACCAAGGUCAGCAGAUCCGAGAUGGGAGCUUACCUGUGCAUUGGGUCAAACGGAGUGCCACCGUCUGUUAGCAAACGCAUCACGGUCAGCGUUCACUUCCAUCCAGUGAUUUCUUCGCCUAGUCAGUUGGUCGGUGCUCCAAAGGGCACUGAAGUUAAGUUAGAAUGUAAUGUUGAAGCAUUUCCAAAGUCGAUAAAUUAUUGGGUCCGAGAAAGUGGUGACAUGGUAAUAACAAGUGACAAAUAUCAGACAAACAGCACGCCCAAGUCUAUAUUCGAGGAUCAAAUGGUGUUGACCAUAAAAUCGGUAGAAAAGUACGAUUUGGGAUCGUACAGGUGCAUAGCUAAGAAUUCUCUCGGCGAAGUGGAAAGCAGCAUAAGAUUAUACGAGAUACGUGGCUUGAACGAAAACGAAGAUGACGAAUUUAGUGACUUGUCAGACUAUUAUCCAGAAUCGUUCACGGAGACUCACCACAUUUCGGGUGGUAGUGGUACAAGUGGAGGUGGUGGAAUUAUUGGAAAUGGAAUAGCUGACAACAGGAAUAGAACCAAGAAUAGGCACCAUCCGGACUCAUAUCCACCCAUACCCAGUCCAAGCGCAUCCACUCGUUUGGUUCCACCUUUCUACCAGACUAUCGAGUAUCUCUGACACACGGUUUCCGUCUGGUAAGCACGCGAUGAGCGUCUGCCAGACGAGCGUGGCGCACGUGGUUCUUCCUAACCGGCGUUCGUCGAUACUGAUACGACUAAGCCGCAAGUACACUUUAACCACCACAUUGGUGUUACCACCGAAAAUUAAUAAAAUCGCGAUAAUAACAAAAUAUAUAAUAAUAUUAUAAUAAACAAUAAAAACUUAAAAACCAAUAAUCAUUUUAGACCCAUAUUCCGCCCUUAUCAGAGUCCCGUAACUCGUGAAUACGUGUUAAACCUUUCACCUGACUACAUAUAACUAUGUAUACCCAUAUAUACUUCUCGAGUGUCUGUGUACCAAAUUUAGUAGCAGAAAUACGUUACUGUGCGUGUUUAGAUUAAAAUCUAAGCGCUCAAUGUCUAAUUGGUUAUCCUAAAAAACCAGUAUAUUGUACAUGGGAAAUGUGUUGAAAAAAUACCCAGAUUAAAAUUUAUUUACAUCAGUACUUUUAUAAUUAUGUUAGUAUUUUUUUUAUAUAUAUAUAUAUAUAUCAACAAUCAAGAUGAAAUUUCCAGUGUAGUAAAAUAAAAUAAAAAUCAUUAUCUUGAGACAUUGUUUAGGAAAAUUGUUAAACCUACAUUUAUUUGAUAAAUUUAAAUUAAUAUAAUAAUUGAACGACUCGUGUGUAUUAAUUCCUGUUUGAAAAUCGAUAAAAAAAAAUGUUAUGAAAACUUUUGAAUUGAUAAAGUUAGCUUUUGUAGAUAGUUCUUUAAGUUGAUCUUUAACUUUUUAAGUUUCUCGUGCCCUAAAUUUUAUAAAAUCCAACUACAUUUGAUCGAAUUGGACCACAGUGACUUUUUAUUAUUCCCAAGACUGAAACUACACUCAAAUUCUGGGUAUUUUAAAAAGUUAAUGACGCCGUUCGUAAUGUGAUAAUAUAGAUUAAAUUUAUAACUUUGGUGGAAACACAAAAGUAUUUUCAAAGGACUCGUAUACUGUGUGAAGCAAUGAAUUU